UUGAAGCCACGCCCACGCCCUUCACCGAGGCCACGCCCCUGCUGACUCUCUGCACCCUCCAACCUCCGGGAGCUCUCCUUCCCCGGAAGGCCGAGCUGAAAACCCGGAAAAAGGAUCGGGGAAACUGCAAUAGGCACAUUGCGCUUGCGCAAGGGGGGGCAGGAAGUCAAGGCGGAGGCGGAGGUGAUUCUACUUCCGUUUCUAGUUUUGCUCCAGUGUUUGGGUUUUCUUCGCGGCCGACCAAGAUGAACCGAUUCUUCGGAAAAGCGAAACCCAAGGCUCCGCCGCCCAGCCUGACUGACUGCAUUGGCACGGUGGACAGCAGGGCAGAAUCUAUUGACAAGAAGAUUUCUCGACUGGAUGCUGAGCUAGUGAAGUAUAAGGAUCAGAUCAAGAAGAUGAGAGAGGGUCCUGCCAAGAAUAUGGUCAAACAGAAAGCCUUGAGGGUUUUAAAGCAAAAGCGGAUGUAUGAGCAGCAGCGGGACAAUCUCGCCCAACAGUCAUUUAACAUGGAACAAGCCAAUUACACCAUCCAGUCAUUGAAGGACACCAAGACCACGGUUGAUGCUAUGAAACUGGGAGUAAAGGAAAUGAAGAAAGCAUACAAGCAAGUGAAAAUUGACCAGAUUGAGGAUUUACAAGACCAGCUAGAAGAUAUGAUGGAAGAUGCCAGUGAAAUCCAAGAAGCACUGAGCCGUAGUUAUGGCACCCCAGAAUUAGACGAAGAUGACCUGGAAGCAGAGUUGGAUGCACUGGGUGACGAGCUUCUGGCUGAUGAAGACAGUUCUUACUUGGAUGAAGCGGCAUCUGCACCUGCAAUUCCAGAAGGCGUUCCCACUGACACAAAGAAUAAGGAUGGAGUCCUGGUGGAUGAAUUUGGAUUACCACAGAUCCCUGCUUCAUAGACUUGCAUCAUUCAAAUACAUCGUGUAAAAUAAACACAUAUUGUGGGACUAGGAAA